AUGGCUGUGGAGGAAGAGAUAAAGCAAAAGGCCCAACAAAUGGAGGAAAAAAACACUUAUAAAGUUUGUGUCACAGGAGGUGCAGGGUAUAUAGGUUCUUGUCUUGUUAAAAAACUUUUGGACAAAGGUUACAUUGUUCAUGCUACCCUAAGAAACUUAGAGGAUAAGUCAAAUGUGGAACUACUGAAGAGGUUAAGUGGUGCUGACGAAAAAUUAAAGUUAUUUGAAGCUGACAUUUAUAGAGCUGAGGAAUUUGAGGAAGCUAUUCAAAGCUGUGAAUUUGUUUUCCAUGUUGCUACCCCUUUAUGGCAUUCUCAAGUAUCUCAGUAUAAAGAUAGAACAGAAGCAACAGUUGAUGGAGUGAAGAAAAUAGGAAGGAUUUGCCUUAAAAGUGGGACAGUGAAGAGACUUAUUUAUACUGCCUCUAUUGUAGCUGCCUCCCCAUUGAAGGAAGAUGGAAUUACUUACAAACAAUUAAUGGAUGAAACAUGUUGGACACCUCUUAAUUUCUCAAAUCCUUACACUGAACAAUGGCUUUGGGACUAUACAGAGUCAAAGAUGCUAGCAGAGAAAGAGAUAUUGAAGUUUGAGAAGGAAGGUUUGGAGGUGGUUGCAUUAUGUUGUGGCCUUGUAGGUGGACAUACUUUUUUGCCUUAUAUCCCAACAAGUGGUGCUAUGUUCUUGUCAGUGUUAACUCAAGAGAAAGAAUUGUACAAUACACUCAAGUUUUUAGAGGAUCUUAAUGGAAAAGUUCCAAUAGUGCAUAUUGAAGAUGUGUGUGAAGCUCAUAUGUUCUUCAUGAAUAAUGUUGGUUCACUCAAUGGACGUUUCUUGUGUGCUAGCUCCUUUGUUUCUACAGCAGAGAUUGGCAAUCACUAUCAACACAAUUAUCCUGAGUUUAAGGUCAACCAAGAGUAA